UUUUCACUCAGAAGUUCCAUUUUCCCUGGAGAAAUAGAAUUGGAUUUAAAAGAAAAUUGUGUAAAUUACUAAAGAAAAUAAAACUUGUUUGCAUGUUGACUUGACCAGUGCGACGCGACACUAAGACCAAUCCAUCCUUUGAAACCAGCAUUACGCGGUUACGUAGAUUCCCGUCACAGCCCAGUUAUCGUCCUUUAAAAUGUGAAAGCUCAACGAGUCACUUUAACACACACUCGCACUCCUCUCUUUCUCAUAAUAGUCUUUUUCAUUUUCUCCAAUCAACAACCAAAGUUUGCACCCUUUUUUUUUGCAAUUCUUCGAGAUCUUUAACACGAGUGACCUUCAAAGACUGUAUCUUACUUUGUUGACAAAAAAAAAAAUCUUGAAACUUGCUGUGUUAGAUGGGAAUUGACAUCACUACCCGGAUAGAGAAGUUGCCUCAUUCCUUCAAGAUGCACUCUUCCAUGUGCUUAGAGUUAAAGAACUUAGUUGAUAGUAUCAUGAGCAUCUUUCCUGAUAUAGAAGAUGCUCGACCCGGAUCCUCCUCAGGGAUACAGACUCUAUGUUUGCUCAACAAAGCUUUGGAGAAAGCUAAGCUGCUUCUUCAGUACUGCAGCGAAUCCAGCAAACUCUACAUGGCAGUAACAGGAGAUGGUAUACUCUCAAGAGGUUGUAGAGCCAAGAAGUUAUUAGAGCAAAGCUUAUCUGACAUCAGAAGCAUGGUACCAACUGUUUUGGCUAUUAAGAUAACUCAAAUAGUCCAAGAUCUGAGAUCAACUGUGUUGUCUCUUGAACCAUCUGAAGAAGAAGCUGGGAAAGCUGUUAGAGAACUGAUGCAGCUGAGCACAUCUUCUCCUGAUGAGAUUAGAGAUUUCCAUUUUGCAGCGUUGAAGCUCCAUCUUUCAACUCCUGAGGCCAUUGUGAUUGAGAGAAGAUCCUUAAAGUCGCUUUUUGCGAAACUAGGCGAGCGUGAAGGGGACAAGAGACAGGUUCUGAAGUAUCUUCUCUGUCUUUUAAAGAAGCAUGAGGAGAUCAUUUUGAGAGAUAACUCGUUCACGCAGCUUCAGUCUGUUGAUGAUCUUGUGUGUGCUAGUGCUGUAGAAGCCGGGUGUACUGACUUCAACUCAAGCUUCUCCACUGAAUCAGGAACUGAAGUCACAGACUCUACUCACAGGGAGGUGGAGAUAGGCUCUCUCUCUUCCCUCUUGAAGAUGGCAGAGUCUGGAGCAGACCAUCUCCAGGAAGACGCUAUGAACACACUCAAGAGCCUCUCCUCGAGCAACGAGAUUUGUCUGGAAAUGGUUUCUCUCGGUUUCGUCAAGAAUCUCACAUCUCUCUUGCAACAAAUUGUGUUCAGCAAGCAAUCGAUCAUCAUUCUGAGGAACCUCUGCAACACGGAGAAAGGAAGGGUUUGUAUAACGGAAACACCUGGUUGUUUAGCUUCAAUAGCUGAACUGCUGGACUCAGAUGUUACCGAGGAGCAAGAGAAUGCAAUCUCCAUCCUGUUACAGCUCUGUGUGGAGAAGAUAGAGUAUUGCAGCCUUGUUGUGAGAGAGGGCGUUGAUAUUUACUCAUCUCUUUUCUUGAUAUCCAACAAUGGAACGGAGGAAGCCAAGGUUGGUGCAUCAGAGUUGCUUAGAGCUCUUGAAGAAGUAGAUUCUAACAGAGAAGAAGAGUCUUCCACACUAGAAGGAGCAACUACUUCACAGACUGUUAUUACUCCAGUUAAGCAUCAAGAACCUAUGCUAACAACUCCAUCUCUGAAGAAGUCUGGUCUUUUUGGACUCAGAUUCCCAUUUUCAAGAAGAAGAAAAGUUUGUUAGGUUGUUUUAUAACUUAAAGCCUUUUUUGUCUGGUUCUCUUUGUUGAAUUAGGAGUUUGUAAAUAUUAGACACAAAAUGUCCCACCACAUGUUGGAAAGGAUUCUUAGUAAUAUAAAAGAUAGAUGGGCCACUCCACUUAUCACCAAUUGGUUUUAGGUUGGAAGCACAUAUAGCUUAACA